GGAAAUAAACGGUUUUUUCCAAACUCUUUUCCAGACAAAACCCCAAACUGGAAAACAAUAAAAGAUACUACAGAUUUAUAUUUAUACAUAUUUAUAUUUAUAUAUCCAGUAACAUAAGCUACACUAACACUAACUAGCCACAUAGUUCAGAUUAAACUCUAACAUGAUGCAUUCAAGUCUGACAACAUGUGUAAAAGUUUCAAGGGUGUAAAACCUUUUGCAGUGGAAGUAUCUGUAUUAAAAUGAACUUGAUGCAGUUUGUGUCUCUGUUCCUGCUUCUGCUCGUUUCUUCAGUUAUUUUCUGAAUGACUCCCCCCCUCCUCGGGGUCAAUCCAUGGGAAAAGAAAGUUUUCCUGCAGCCCUGAGAGAAAUCCAGUUAUUUUCGGACAACACGUCACCGGUUUUAGUUGCAGCCCAGAAACUUCUUUCCAUCAUCCAGCUCGCUUUCUUCCCUCUCUCUCUCUCUCUCUCUCUCUCUCUCUCUCUCUCUCUCUCUCUCUCUGUCUCUCUCUCUCUAUGAACUUGUUGCACAGCUGUGUUGUUCCCCGUUCUCACGCACGGCGCCGCACGCCCGCAGCGGCGCACACAUGAGCGGGCAGCUUGAGGAAACGUCAGCAGGUUUCGGCUCGCUGCGUGACUUUGCGGUGCCCGUUUUCCUUUCAGCGAACGACUCAAGGAUGGACGCGUGACGCACCGAGCCACAGUGAGGGAGCGUGCACACACAUCAGCUCGGGGAGGGCAAAGCCUGCUUAAAAUGCAGCGAAUGUGACAGCCGAGCCCACAGUCCAGACUACAGCAGCGCCUGGACUGGAAAGGUGAAGCGGGGUGGGGGCGGGGGGCACCAGCAGCAUGACCGUGGUGCCCGGGGAGAACCUGGAUGAGACGGUGGCACUGGCCGCGCUGUCCGCCCAGGAUGUGUACGACCCGGAGCGAGCCGACAACCAGGAGUGCUGCGAGCGGGUGGUCAUCAACAUCUCCGGGCUGCGCUUCGAGACGCAGCUGAAGACCCUGGCCCAGUUUCCCGCCACUCUGCUGGGGGACCCGCGCAAAAGGAUGCGGUUCUUCGAUCCGCUCAGGAACGAGUACUUCUUUGACCGGAACCGACCCAGCUUCGAUGCCAUCCUGUACUACUACCAGUCUGGCGGACGGCUCCGGAGACCCGUCAACGUGCCGGUGGACAUCUUCAUGGAGGAGAUCAAGUUCUACGAGCUGGGGGAGGAGGUAAUCGAGAACUUUAAGGAGGAUGAAGGGUUCAUCAAGGAGGAGGAGCGGCCGCUGCCGGAGAACGAGUUCCAGCGGCAGGUCUGGCUCCUGUUCGAGUACCCCGAGAGCUCCGGACCCGCUCGGGGCAUCGCCAUCGUCUCCGUGCUGGUCAUCCUCAUCUCCAUCGUCAUCUUCUGCUUGGAGACCUUACCCGAGUUCAGGGAGGAGGCCCGGAUCUUUGAUGGGGUGAUUCCGACAAACCGCACCGCCGGCGCCGAGCCGCCGAACCCGUUCACGGACCCAUUCUUCAUUGUGGAGACGCUCUGCAUCAUCUGGUUCUCCUUCGAGCUGCUGGUCCGGUUCCUCGCCUGCCCCAGCAAGCCCGCCUUCUUCAAGAACAUCAUGAACACCAUCGACAUCGUGGCCAUCAUGCCCUACUUCAUCACGCUGGGGCUGGAGCUGGCGGAGCACCAGGGCAACGGCCAGCAGGCCAUGUCACUGGCCAUCCUGAGGGUCAUCCGCCUGGUCCGGGUCUUCCGCAUCUUCAAGCUCUCGCGGCACUCCAAGGGGCUGCAGAUCCUGGGGAAGACGCUGCAGGCCAGCAUGCGGGAACUGGGCCUCCUCAUCUUCUUCCUCUUCAUCGGGGUCAUCCUCUUCUCCAGCGCCGUGUACUUCGCGGAGACCGACGACCCGGAGUCGGGCUUCAGCAGCAUCCCGGACGCCUUCUGGUGGGCCGUGGUUUCCAUGACGACGGUGGGCUACGGCGACAUGUGUCCAGUGACCAUCGGUGGGAAGAUCGUGGGCUCCCUGUGCGCCAUCGCCGGGGUCCUGACGAUCGCGCUUCCGGUUCCGGUCAUCGUCUCCAACUUCAACUACUUCUACCACCGGGAGACCGAGCACGAGGAGCAGUUCCAGUACACGCACGUGACCUGCGGGCAGCAGCAGGCGCCGUUCGGCGAGUUCAAGCGGAGCGACAGCCGGCCGUCGCUGUCCAAGUCCGACUACCCGGACAGCGAGGACGCGGACUCCGUCAAGUACACGAACUGCAGCCCGCACAAGGCGUACGGCGGGAAGCUGACGGACGUCUGAGGCGCCUUGUUUCCGCCAUCAGAGGGAAUGUUUUCAGUUGGAUCCCCUCUCCACUCCCGACACGGUCUUCCAUCCAGCAGGACAACUGAUCAGCCUCUGUAGCACUUUACUGUCAUUAGUGAGCAGCUUUAAGGUUUACAUUCUUCUGACACGGGACCAAAUUAAAACUCAGUUUUAAACUUAAAAAAAAAAAGCCUGCGAGACAACACGCAGGGUUAGGAGUGAGAAAAAACAAAAACAAGAAAACCCUCAUUGAAUUAAACACAACGAAUCUGACGUGAAGCUUCUUCCAAUACAACAGCGCCAUCGUGUGGUCAAAGCGGCUCACUGCGCCGCCGUGGCAGAUGCAGUUUCCAUGGCAACCUUCCAGACUUUUCUGUUGUUGUCUGGUGCAGGAGCAAAAAGUGAGGAGGCUCCAAACCACCAUGUUGUGGAAGCAUCCAUGUUGUUAAAAAAAAACAAAAACUGAGAUGCUCAGCAGCUAAUUACUAAAGACAAGUUAAAAUAAAUUAUUAAAUACAAUAAAAUACUAAGAUUAUAGCUUACAGCAGCAAUUUAAUACAUUAACAGUUCAGUUUUAGAUGUUUCAGAGCUCAACCUCGUCUAUCGUGGAUAUAAAUAUGUUCAAAAAGAUAAUUUAAAGAAAAAUAUAUAAAGUAAGACAUUAAAAUAAAAAAUCAAGUAUUAACAGAAAAUACUAAAUUAUAUUCACGCUUUAUAGUUGUACAGUAGCACAAAAAGGUUAAAAAUAGAAACAUAAAUCAAAAUAAAUAAAUAAACAAAACAUCAUAGGAUUUUCCUUUAACGGAGUUAAGAAAUAAUAAUUUUUUAAAAAAUCCCAAGCUCAAAUAGUUUUUCAAAAAUAAAUUUAAAGUAUUUAAAAUAAAAAGAUCAGUCUCUUGCUUUCAUAGACAUCCCCAGCGGUUCUGAUCCAUACCUAAUCCAAGCUGAAGGCCCUUCAGUGUUGGAGCUUCCUGGUCCAGCUGCACCUGGACUCACCUGGACAGCGGGCGGAGCAGACGGAGCUGCUGGAGACAAAAACAGAGGAUUUUUAACAAGCUGACGGAGUAAAAACCUUCGCUGGAGUUUAUCAGACUGAUGGAUGUUUGAAGGAAAAGUCUGACGGCUCUUCAGCUCAGACCAACAUUCAGUUCUGGUCCCACAAGGGAAAGAUUGACGAACCUCACUAAUCCACUCCAGCUGCCACCAUCCUCCUCAUCCUCUCCAGCUUCUCUCCUCGGAUGAAGAAAAAAAAAAACAAAGCUUGGAUUAAAUACAAAAACAAAACUUCACGAGAAACUCGGCUUACUCUCGGAUUUUUACAGAGCACAGACUCUGAGGUACGAAUCAAACGUUACUUGAAUCAUCAGCUAUGUCCUGCGUAUACUUAGAUGUUGUUUGGGAGGUUUCUCCUGUUGCUGUAGAGAACAAGAACUUGUUGUUGCUGUCUGUAUGUCGCAUAUCAUAUCCAAACCAAAUCACCGCAUGCUUGGAAAGUAGAGCAUGUAAACAGAAGAAACGUGGGAACAUCGACAGCUCGCAGAUACGGAGAAGUUAUCCUGUCAGACAGAUGACUUUAGUUUUUUAAAGUAUCAUACUAUAUAUGUUUUAUACUGGGAGGUUGACAUGGGGAAUUAUUUUGUAGAUUUUUAACUUUUUUUUUUUUUUUGCCUUGGUGAAAACAAAGCAGCUCCAGCAGGCAGCUCUGAUGAACAUGUCUGCACCAGUGGGAGGAAAAAUGGGGGUAAAAGUGUGAAAAUGCAUUAAAUCCAGACAUCCGUUUAUAUCUGAAUGUUUCUGUUUGGAUCUCUGAUCAGAAUGCUGUAUUCCUGAUUUAUCACUACCUCAGUGUCAUCUCACUGAAAAAAUAAGCUUUAACACCUGAAGGACUGAUUAUUGUCACGAACACCGCUCAAGUUAUCUAAAAUGUUCUCAAUUUAACCUCUAAAAUAUACAAAGAACUAAACUAUAAAGAUGUUUUCACCUUGAUAUCAGGUAGAAAAGCACGUUUAGAGAAACUUAAUGAGCCUCAGAUGUCCAGCCUGGGUGAGAAAAGUAGCUUUUUUGCACAUUGUUUUGUUUUUGCAUUUUCUAUUAGGUUAAAAGGCAAUAAGGUCCUGCAGAGUGGCUCUGCCUGUCUUCAACAUUUAACAAGAAAUCAGUCCAGCACAAAUUUGAAUUUUAAAUAUAUCUGAAAUUUGGGAAGACAAAUAAACUGGGAAACUGUAGCACUUUUUAAUAUUGCUCAAAUUUCUCUCAAAUUAUCUAAAAGAUUCACAUGUAUUUGGAGCACGAUGAGCUGCAGGUGGAAACAAACCCCCAAGAUGGCAGUGUUUUUCUUUGUGGUUCAUUUUUAGCUUCUUAACUUUUAUUUCAAAAUAUUUGAGAUUUAAAAAUAUAAAAACAAAACGACUGACACAUUUAUGUGUCAGUCAUAAAUGUUAACUACUUUCGGUUUCCCUCUGGAACGAAGCUGAAAAUAAAUAAAACCUCAUUUGAGAAAUAUUGGAUCUAAAACGCUGGGAGAAUUUUAAGCUUUUGUUAAUUAAAUCACUGUUUCUCAGCAUAAUACUGAAAAU